UGUGAACUAGAAGGGGAUCGUUGCUUCGAAAAUGGCCGCGGGAAAGUAAACGAGUUGCAAGCGAGCUGGCAACUGGCGGAGUUGGUUGGACUUCCUUUUUUGUUAUUAGGUUUUCGUUGCCAGAGCGUUAUUUAACGAAACCAUAUAGAGCCAAGACACAUCGUAGUCAGCAGGACAAUAAUUUUUUUUCGGUGACAUAAUGCAUUUACAGUGAAGUCAAAAAAAAAAAAAAAAAAAAAAAAAAAAAGUGUUGAAAAUUUUAAAAUACAAAUUUUCUUCCAACAAAAUUACUGUAUUGUAGUGUUGUGUUUGUGUAUGUUAAAACAACCGAUAAGUAUGCCCGGCUCAAACAACAAUGAAAUUCACGGGGAGAGGGGCAAAGAUCAAGGCUCAUCGGUAAGGGGGGAACUGCAUUCCAGAGUGGGCGGCAUUCUGGAAUGCGAUCCCCCCAGUAAUAGGAAUUCGCCCAGCAACCAAACGACCAUCGUCAACUCGAUUACAGACGGUUUGUGCCACUAUGAUACUGGGGCUACAGGCAGCGGUAUGUCUUUCGUUGAAAUUUGCCAGAAUCGACUGCAGAAUCUUUUCCCUCAACUAUCGCCACCAUCUCCAUGCAACAUUCGUGAAGAAUCAAUAGAAAUGACUGCAGAAUGCUUGGCUAAUGAUGUGAUAAGAUACCUGUUAAAAGAAGAUAUUUAUCAAAUAUCAAGAGGUCCUGUAUCGCGAAGUAUGCGCCACAAUGUCUAUCAAAUGCUCAACAAACAUAGUAUUCUUUUUACCAGUAUGGUAAAUCGCCUAAACGUUGUACCAGAUACAGCUUAUGAGGCUUUCAUGGGAGUUGCUGAUGAACUCUUUCACAAUGGCGGCAUCACAUGGGCGAGAAUAGUUUGUCUUUAUGCAUUUAUGGGACGUCUUGCACUUUGGGCAAGAGACAGAAGAAUGCAUUCUUUAAAGACAAAAUUACCUUUAUAUGUCUCCAGAUACAUUGGAGAAGACAUAGUAUAUUUCAUUAAAGGUUAUGGAGGCUGGGAACAACUGUGCAUUGAGUAUCCGGUUACAGAAGAAAUGAGUGGAGCAAUUUGGAGGAGUCUUUUGAUGACAGGUGCAACUCUUGGAUUGAUUGCAACAAUUUUAACUGUGACUUCCUGAAACAAAGUUGUAAUAAUACUCAUGCGAUAUAUCUGGAAAAAAAUGUAUUAUCGCGUACUUAUAUCCUGUGAUCAUACCGUUAAAGAUAUUUUCGAAUUGUGAAGAAAAUUAUUAUUUAUGAUUGUAACACAAAUUUUGUGUUGUGAAAUACUUAGAAAUUGUCUUAUUUCGAUAUUUAUUUAUUUUUAACUAGAAUUUUUAAUUUUUUUUUUAAAUAAAAAAGGUCAAUACAAGUACCGUAAAAGUGCAAAUAUUAUCAUGAACAAUAAUUUAUAUGUGGAUUUUAUCUAGUAAUUCAGGUAAUUGUUCAAAAUUCUUUGUUGUCAUCACAACAAACAUUUUUUUAGCCUCAAGUCCAGUAUUCUAUUUAGUUUAAUAAAGAGAGGCUUCUUUAGUUUUAUUAAAUUACUAGUAAUUUUAGAUUAAGAAAUUCAUGAGAAGUUGAAGUAACUUAAAAAUGUCUGUGGUUAGCUACUAAUAAUUCCAAGACUGUUUUCAUUAGCAACAAUUUCUCAAAAAUCAAUUCUCACGGUCCAUUUAGAUAUUAAAAAUUUUACUGAACUUUAUAGGUAGAAAAACAAAAUAUUUCGUAUUUAUUUUUUUCUAAUUUAUUGUAGGUAGAAAUAUAUAAAAUAAUUAAAUUGCAAAGCGAAAGCUUAAUAGGUAGUAUAAAUUUUUUCCAUUUUUAUUUUUCAACAAAGAAUAAUAGUGUCUAUUUUUACUAUUGUAAAAAAACUAUAUACACAUUAGUGACGAGUAACAAUGUGAAUAAAGAUACAUUUUUUGCGUCAGAUUUUAUUAAAUAAUAUUAAGUGAACUGUCAGCUCUUUUAUAAAUUUUGUAAUUUUUGAAUGAAAAAAAAAUAAAUACUUCAAAUUAA